CUAUGUCCCAGCUUCCCCUUUGUCUUUUAUUAGCACGCAAGCUAUACUUAAAAGGCUGUAAAAGCAACACAGGGGUAUUUCUUACAAGUGCAUUCCUAAGUGUUCCAACAGCCAAAUUCAGAGGGUGAACUUGUGAAGUCAAGGGAGCUGAACAAAGCAAUCUCCUUGCAUCUUGAAGGGUCGUAUUUACAAACGCUGACAUAUUUCUUCAGCUAUGCUGACGGUAAAACUGGGAGAGUCCGGCUGGAGGAAGGUGGCACCUUCUUCUGUGACUGGUUUCUGAGCCAGAGAGAUACCAGUGAGUCUGGUAUUUGACAAUCCUCAGAGUUGUACUGUUGCCAGUAGCAAAAGAGAAAGAGGUGGGAAGGGAGAGAUCCGAUGUCUGGAUAGAAGAAAUCUGUCAGCUGGCAUUUAAGGAAUGAUAGUAGAAAACAGAGGUCAAGAGGCAGCUGACAGUCAUCUCCUACUCAAUGCCCUUUUCUAUGCUGCUGUAGCCAUUCUGGUAGGACACCACGUUUUCAGAGAUGAAUGGUUUCCAGGUGCCACCAAGAUGCAAAGGCAGAACUGAGCAACCGCCAUGGGGGGAGACCCAUGCUGGGCUUCCCAGUCCAAUUCAGAUGUUGCACAAGGGUAUUUUCUUCCUUACUGGCUCCAAGUUCAGUACUUGGGAGUGAGCCCCACAUGCUGUGGGACAGGAGAGUGUGCAGUCCUAGCUUACUCACUGCUGUGUACAAGGGCAGUAGUGAAGUCACUAGAAGGAUUAAUUUGGUGGAAAGGCCCAGCACAGACACUUUUGAAGUAACUGCUAAUCCAUGCAACCACGGAAACUCUUGCAAAGGCUCCUUGGAGCCUGAGGGCAGACGGCUGAGUAAAUACUCUGGGGGUCAUGUCAGUUUGCCCAGAUCUUCACCAGCACUAUGUGCAGGUCUGCCAAAACUUGGGCCAACCUGAAAACCCUUUCAUUGCUCAUGUGCUUCAAGAAGCUGGUAAAAAUGAUGAAAUCAUAUGGACAAAAGGGUUCACAUUAAACAUAGCUGGAAAUAGUCAUCUAGUGCCUGUGCAGAGAGUUACAGAUGACAAUCUUCAGGUUCUUGUCUCUGUCUUACGUACGGCUGCAUUUGUCACAGGUUUGGAUCUUGGGUAUAAUGUAUUGACUGAUGCUGGAGCAAAGACCAUGGCAACAUUCCUCCAGGGGAAUGAAACUCUUCUGCAUAUGAGAAUGACUGGGAACAAAAUAGGAGAGAAAAGUGGGAUGUUCUUUGCUUCAAUGCUACAAAUUAAUCCAACCUUGGAGAAGUUGGAUCUUGGAGACUGUGAUAUAGGUGUGCAGUGUCUAAUAGCAACAGCAUCAGCCCUGAAUCAGAACAAAUCAGUCAAAGCAAUAAACCUAAAUCAUCCUUUAUUGUUCAGCCAAGAGGAAGAGACCACAGUUCAUCUAGCUCUGAUGCUGAAAAAUAACUCUUCUCUUGUGGAACUACACUUGUGCAAGCAUGAAAUGAAAAACUUUGGUGUGGAGAGACUGUGUGAGGCUUUGUAUGAAAACUCUAGCCUGAGAUACCUUGAUCUUGCCCGUAAUAAAAUAACCAGUGAGGGUGUAAAAUUUCUGGGAAAACUACUAAAAUGGAACCAAACCCUGCAAAUCCUAGAUCUUAAUGCAAACCGACUAGAAGAUGAUGGAGCCAUCUACCUGAGUGAGGCCUUGGCUUUGUACAACAGGACUCUUCAGGUGUUGUCAGUAGUAAGCAACAAUAUAAGUGGCAAAGGACUUGUAGCUCUUUCAGAGGCAAUGAAAACAAACACAGAACUUUCCUGUAUUUACAUCUGGGGGAACAAAUUUGAUGAAGCCACCUGUAUGGUAAGUGCUUGCUUCUGAGCUCCUCUAAGAGGGUUGGAGUUUGUUUGUCCUAGUUCAUGUUUACAGUCAUUGCGAAAACUACAGCCAUUAGUGAGCAAGAUACUUGAUUAACUAUGGGGUUUAUUUAAAUAAUUAUAAUAUGGUGGUGUUGUAAUGAGACUCACUGGACAUCAGCAUACUGAAAUAAUCAAGUACUCUCCUGUUGUGUGUUAUCUUCUAAAGACUUCACUGCAAUCAAAGGAGAAUAUUCUGUGUCUCAUUCUUGG